AUGUUGCGUUCAACUCUUGCAAUCAUGGUAUUGAUGGUUGCUAAAAUUCACUCAACAACAAACAUUGGUCGUAUGAAUAAUAUAGCAUAUAUCUCUAACAUUGCCACCACAAGUAUUACGUAUAAUCAAACGUGUUCUGAAUGUAUUUGUAAAGCAUUUUUUUCUACCACACAAUCAUUGUAUGUGGCAUUGAACUGCUAUACAAGUAACAGGACAUGUCGAUUAAUUGCAAAUUAUUCAUCGACAUGGACAAUGCAAGCAGAUGUCAAUUCAACAUUUAUUUUUAUUCAACCACCACCAUUACAAAGCACUAGCACAACCACUUCGACUACAAGCUCCACGUCGACUUCCACAACAACAAAAAACACACAAUACAACAUAACAUAUUCACCACAAGUGCUUUACACAACUAGUUCAGGCCCAUGGAGUCUUGCAGUAAAUGAUGUCAACAAUGAUUCUCGUCCAGACAUUAUCGUUGCCAAUAUUGAUAGUAACAAAAUUCGUAUCUUUUUCAAUGCAGGUAAUGGUACAUUUCCCACGAAAGCAGUUUAUACGACAGGCACGAGUCCUUGGAGCGUAGUUGUGGUUGACAUCAACGCUGAUACAAAGCCGGACAUAAUUUACUCGAAUACGGGUGGCAACAGUAUUGGUUUUCUCCUCAGCAAAGGUAACGGAACCUUUUCUGCAGAAACAACUUAUGCAACUGGUUCGAAUCCGCGUGGAGUGCAAGUCAUAGACGUUAACAGUGAUAAAAAACCAGACAUCAUUGUGACGAACUUUUACGACAAUAAUGUUGGAAUUUUUCUUAACAAAGGUAACGGCACAUUUGCCACACAAAAAACCUAUCCUACAGGAAACUAUCCGUACGGAUUGGCCGUAUUUGAUCUUAAUGCUGACAACCAGCCAGAUAUUGUUACCACGUAUUACUAUAACUACAGUAUAGGUGUAUUGAUCAAUCAAAACAACGGAACAUUUCCCACGCAAACAGUAUACCGUACAGGUACCAACCCUCGCGACGUAAAGGUUGCUGAUAUUAAUCUUGACGGUCGACCGGAUAUCAUUGUCGCAAACAAUGGUACUAAUACGGUUAGUGUUCUGCUCAACAUCGGUAAUGGUUCAUUUGAUGUACAAAAAACCUUUGCAACUGGUACUUACCCAUUUAGUGUCGAGGUCUUCGAUAUGAACGGUGAUGAUAGACUCGAUAUUAUAAUUCCAAAUAGCGGUGAUGACACUGUAGGGAUUCUUCGAAACCUAGGUAAUGCAACAUUCGCUGUACAAACCAUUUUUGCGACAGGCGGUAAUCCACAUGUGGCAAAAGUUGCCGAUGUUGAUAUGGACAACAAACCGGACAUAAUUGUGACGAACUAUGAUGAUGAUACUAUCAGUGUACUUUUAUCGUAA